UCUCCCCCCACCAUUUUUACCUUCAAAUCCACCUCUUAUUCCGGUAAGCCUUAGCAAAAUUUUGAACUUCACCUUCAUUUAUGCUUCUCUGACGCCGAUACCUGCCACCAAUUUUCCGGCAUGCUUCUAACUUUCCGUCGCCGGCGACGCCGUUGAUAGAUAAACUUACCGGUAUGAACCGUUCCAUGACACACUCGUUCUUGAUUUAGAAAUGCUAGAUCUAUUCAUCGUUUCACCUGUUCGAUCCAAAACUUGGUUUCACAAGAGGAAAAAAAUUAACCCCAUUUCAUCAUUCUCUUAACUCUCUCUUCUCACUGAUUUCCCUUCCAAUUUUCGUUGAUACGUUGUUAUAAUCUGCGAAAUUUGUACAGUCAUUUAUAUUAUCUGCCUUUGAUUUUCGAAUUUUCUUUGCUGGCUUUGGGAAUUUUUGUAUAGUUAGGGUUUGUGAUAGUGUUAAGGUUUUAAGGUGUUUUUGAAGUAAGAUAAGAAAAUUAGAUUUUGGUUGAGUUUGAGUUUGUGAAAGUGGCUAAAAUGAACAUGGCUGUUGCUGAGGAAGAAUCAGAGGGAGAGAUUCAUGUCCCAGCUGAAAUUGAUUGGAAAAUGCUUGAUAAAUCCAAGUUUUUCUUCCUUGGUGCUGCUUUAUUCUCUGGUGUUUCAGCAACAUUGUACCCUGUUGUUGUGUUGAAAACUAGGCAACAAGUUGCUCAAUCACAAGUUUCUUGUAUCAAGACUGCGUUUUCGUUGAUUAAAGGCGAGGGGUUUAGAGCUUUGUAUCGCGGAUUUGGUACUUCGUUGAUGGGUACAAUCCCUGCUAGAGCUUUAUACAUGGCUGCACUUGAGGUUACUAAGAGUAAUGUGGGGACUGCUACGGUUGGUUUUGGUCUUGCUGAACCAACUGCUGCUGCGAUUGCCAAUGCAGUUGCUGGUUUGACUGCUGCUUUGGCUGCACAACUUGUGUGGACCCCUGUUGAUGUUGUGAGCCAAAGGUUGAUGGUUCAAGGUGGUUGUAAUUCAAGUGAUCCUAAGGCUUCUUCUAUUAGAUAUGUGAAUGGAAUUGAUGCAUUUAGGAAAAUUGUUAAGACGGAUGGUCCUAGGGGUUUGUAUAGAGGUUUUGGGAUAUCGGUUUUGACGUAUGCGCCUUCUAAUGCAGUGUGGUGGGCCUCAUAUUCUGUUACACAAAGGAUGGUUUGGGGUGGAGUUGGAUAUUACUUGAGUAACAAGAAAGUUGGGGAAGGGAGUGAUAAUAACAACGUGACUAAUGCAUUGAGGCCGGAUACGAAAACGAUUAUGGCUGUUCAAGGAGUCAGUGCAGCAAUGGCAGGAGGUAUGUCUGCGUUGAUUACUAUGCCAUUGGAUACAAUCAAGACAAGGCUGCAAGUCAUGGACGGCGAUGAGAAUGGCCGCCGUGGACCAACUGUGAUGCAGACAGUUAGGGGUUUGGUUAAGGAAGGCGGUUGGACGGCUUGUUAUAGAGGAUUAGGACCUAGAUGGGCUUCGAUGUCAGUGUCUGCAACAACAAUGAUCACAACCUAUGAGUUGCUUAAACGGCUUUCUGCAAAGAGUCAAGAUGUUUUGACAUGAUGAAUGAUAUAAUUACCACAUCAACGGCAAAGAACAGAGAGAGGGAAAGAGGUUUUUCCCCUCUCUUUUGUCUAAAUUCUACUCUUGUCUCAUUUGUUUUUUCCUUUUGUUUGGGCUAGCUAGCAUGACUGUUUGAUCAAUGUAAGUCAUUGCAGGUGUAUAUAUAAAUAAAUUCUUUUUUUCUAACCCAUUA